UUGGGGGGUUGAUUCGUGGAAAUGAAGUGUGUUUGCUUCAUUUGGGGGUCUCUCCUCUUCUUGUCCUGCAGCGUGGUCCAGAUGUGCGCGGGUGAAAUGUUCACGUCGCUGCUCAACGUGCGGCAGGCGAUCAGCUUGGAGAGGAAGCUGAUCGACGACCUGAAGACCUACAUUGAUCAUGAGAGGGAGAGGCUGGAAGACAUCAAGAGGUUUUAUUCCAAAGUGUCACACCUUCACAGCGACCUCUACAGAGGCCCCGCGAACGCCAUGGCCAACCCUCUGGUGGCGUUCACCCUCAUCAAGCGUCUGCAGUCAGAGUGGGUCAACGUGGUUUACAGCCAUGAAGCCUCAGAGAACGCACAAGCCCUUAGGUCCAGUUACGAGGAAGAAGAAGCCAACUUGCCCAAACUGGAGGACCUGCGGGGGGCCGCCAGGGGCCUGAUGAGGCUGCAGGAUGUGUACUCUCUCCACGUGGCCAGCCUGGCUGGCGGUCGCUUCCAGAGAGUGGCAGACGGCAAACUGGUCGACAUUUACACACCGGCCGUGUCCGUGCCGCUAUCUGGUGAUGACUGCUUCUUGGUUGGAAAGGUGGCCUAUGAGCAGGAGGAUUACUACCACUCGGUUCAGUGGCUGGAGGAGUCGGUGCAGCUCUUCAGAGGCACGGGAGGACAGUGGAGCCCUGAGAACGAGGGCACGCUGGAGGACGCCCUGGACCACCUGGCCUUCUCUCACUUUAAAACUGGAAACAUCUCCCACGCUCUCAGCCUGUCUCAGGAGUUGCUGCAUCACGACCCCAUGAAUGGACGGGUCUUGGAAAACGUUGAGAAAUACGAGAGGCUACUGGUGACGAGGCCGCCCGUGUCGCUCAGCGGCCGCGGUCUGAUUCGACCUACGUCCAAAUAUUUAAGGACCAGGGAUGCUUAUGAGAGACUGUGCCAGACCCAAGGCUCUCAGCAGAACCCCAGACUCUUCUGCGACUACUUCACCAACGGGAGCCCGGCGCUGAUGCUGAUGCCCGUAAGACGCGAAGUGCUGAGCCUGCGGCCGUACGUGGUCCUGUACCACGACUUCAUCACAGACGCUGAGUCUGAGGACAUCAAGAAGCUCGCCCAGCAGGGAUUGAGGAGAUCCGUCGUGGCAGCUGGAGAGACUCAAGCGACGGCAGACUAUCGCAUCAGCAAGAGUGCGUGGCUGAAGGGCUCGGCACACUCCAUGGUUGGGAAGCUGGACCGCAGGAUCUCCGUGCUCACGGGUCUAAACGUGACGCACCCGUUUGGCGAGCACCUCCAAGUAGUGAAUUACGGCAUUGGUGGUCAUUAUGAACCUCACUUUGAUCACGCCACUUCCCCCUCAAGUCCUGUGUUUCGGCUCAAUACUGGCAAUCGGGUGGCCACCUUCAUGUUGUAUCUCAGUUCUGUCGAGGCUGGUGGAGCCACGGCGUUCAUCUACGCCAACUUCAGCGUUCCUGUUGUGAAGAAUUCUGCCAUCUUCUGGUGGAAUCUGCAUAGAAACGGAGGAGGAGACGAUGACACCCUGCACGCCGGCUGCCCUGUGCUUAUUGGAGACAAAUGGGUGGCAAACAAAUGGAUCCACGAGCAUGGCCAAGAGUUCCGACACGCCUGCAGCCUGAAUCCUGAUGAGUGAGAUGGGCGGAGUGCGUUCAGCGGGGCCCCGUUGGAUUCAAAGAAGCAGCUCCUGCGAUUGGGAGGCGCACGUGCAGGCGCCAAGCAACCGUCAGGCCACACGCCAACCAACCAAAGUGGAUCACACAAACCUGAGCUAAAGUUACAAAGACGUUUUUGCGAUGAACCUCCAGAGGCAAAGCCAGCUGUGCUGGCCAGCUCCUGCAGAUGGACACAAGAUUGGGAACACUGCUGGAUUCACGUCAUGGUCUCUAGCUGCAAUGAAGCUUGUUUGUACGGAAAUAAAAACAUCCCAUAGGCGGCAGUGUCUCUUGACAGAGACAAUUCCAGAAUCAGAAGAGAUGAACUCAGCACUGCCGAGCUACGUGCAGUACAGGUUUGGAAGUGUGUGAGUUGAGGCACAGCCAAGGUGAAAUUAGCUUGCUGUGUGUGGCCGCAUUGUAAUUCACGUUGCUGCCACCGACAGUACAUGACUGGGGUGGAGUGACCGCAUCCAGUUAUAUCUAGGUUUUAGCUAUUAGUUAAAUUAGUAAAAAGUGUUAACUUGUGUUUAAAAAGGUUGCUGAGCCACAGGAAGCAGCACACGAAGUUUAUAAAAAUAAAAAUGAUU